AAAAUAUCACCCUCCCCGAUUGCAUCCCAUUUCGCCACCACAAUGCGCAAAUUCGUCACAGUGUGCCAUGCUGUCCCAGAUCUCCAGGUUUCCAUUUGUCGUCUCUCGCUCGUCUUUCCCUUUUUCUUUAUUUCCUGUCGUGGGUCUGUUGCGGUGACACGAAUGUGGUUGCGCUCCCGCCAACACGAUUAACCCCGUUUCGAACAAGGACUCUUUCUAUACUAAUAGCCGGAUGGUAUCAAUCAAAACUUUGUGUUACAAAUAAAGAAAUGUCCAACAGCUAACCAUGGUGACCCACUGGGAAUCAAGCCGACGCCCCCUAUACAUCCGUACAAUAUGGAAAGAUGGCCAACACCACGUGAUCCUCGACAAAGCCAAAGAAAAAUCUAAUGAACAGUCUACAUCUAGACGAACCAAGCAAUCUUUAAGCAGCCCGAACAGUCACAGAACCACAAAAAGUGCCACCGCAGGCAGCAAUUUAAAAAUCUCAUCAGUUCGAGUUCUUCUUUCUGGCAUCAAAAGCUUUAAAAACAGUUGUAAAACUGGUAAAAUAAGAGAAAAAUCAGUUGAGCGGCCAAAAACCUGGGUCCAACCGGUUGUUGCCCGACAAAUUACAUGCAAAAACUUAAACAAAGAAGUAGCUUUUGAGCCUCGACCGACCCUAACUAAAUGUAACACUGUAGAAAAGGAUAUAAAUGAUUCUUUAGCAGAAAAGUGUUUGGACAAUGCUCUUAGCGAAAAAGUCUUGCUAUGGCUCGAUCUGGCAACUCAUACUUCUCAAACACCACCAAAAGACUAUACCGUAACAGCACAAGCUUGCAUACUCAAAGCGAAGGAGGCAAAAGAAAUGCAAGAACUAAUUGAGGAAUCUCGCAAUGACAAUGUUGCUUCCGAUCAUAUAAUCCUGGAGUCUUCUAUCCUGAAAAAUUGUUCUCCAAGGGAAGAAGAUCAAAGCAUAGUUGUUUAUAGCAGUCAGGAAUUAACUUUAAAUGAUUGUCAACAGAGUUUUUACCAUUUGGUUAAUCCAACGUUUGCUAAAACUGAGGAGGAGUAUUCUUAUCAAGAACAAGAAAAAGAAGAGACUGAGGAAAAAGAAAAAUCUUACACAGCGAAGAGGCAGUUGCAUAUUUUUAUGCCAAAUUUGCCCAAGAAGUCCAGUGAGUGUGAUAGUAGCCUUUUAAGUAGUAAAAUGUCCGGCAUAUAAAUAAAAAAAAAUAGUUUUUUU